AUGCAAGGAACCAACCACGUCAAAUCAGUUCUCAGUCAGGGCAGGCUCGCACUGGGUGUGUGGCAGAUGUUGCCCGGUAGCAACAUGUCGCGCACUCUAGCACGAGCCGGAUACGAUUGGGUUCUGGUGGACUGUGAACAUGGCAACAUCGACGAUGCGGCAAUGCACGAAGCCGUCCCCGCCAUUACCUCAUAUGGAGUCAGUCCCAUUGUCCGAGUCCCGGACUUCCAGUCAUGGAUGAUCAAACGCGCACUGGAUGCGGGUGCGCACGGAGUUCUGGCCCCUCUAGUCAGAACAGUCGAAGACACCAAAAGCUUCGUCGAGGCAUGUCGAUUCCCACCACAGGGUCAGCGAGGCUUUGGCUCGCCAUUCCCAAUGGAACGCUUUGGUCCAAACGUGACUGCUACACAGUAUCUCACCGAGGCAAAUGCCAACCUCUUGCUAGCUGUGCAAAUUGAGACCAAAGAAGCAUUUGACAAUGUCGAAGCUAUUGCCGCUGUUGAUGGGCUUGACUUGUUAUUUGUGGGGCCAUUCGAUCUCGGCAAUGGGAUUGGGCACCCUGUACUGACUGGUACUUUCGCCCCUGAAUUGGAACAGGCGAUUGAGAAGGUUCUGGCUUCGGCUCACAAGGCUGGCAAGAAGGCUGGUAUUUAUUGUGGUAGUGGAACUCAGGCAAAGAAAUAUGCUGAUCUUGGAUACGACUUUGUCAAUGUCGUUACGGAUAUUGGUGCUUUGACUAGCUCGCUGGCGAGUGAGAUGCAAAUUGUUACUCAGAAGACGGGGAAGACUGCUUCUGGGCCUUAUGGUAACUAG